GAAGGAUCAACAGGGGAAGCUACAUUUGAUUCGAGGAGCUCUGGAUUUUCAACACGUGAGCACCCUCCCUUUUAGCGAUUCAUACGUUUACCAACGCAUUUUCGUUUACCAACUUGUUUCGGUUACCAACGCUCUUCUAAACACGACGACGCUCUUCCGUGUACCAACACUUCACCAUCUUCUCUUCACCACCCCUUUUUAAAUUCAACAAAUCUAGGCUUGGGAAUUCCAAUCCAAAAUCGAUAACGUAAUUUCGUUCUGCGCGUUAUUGGCUCGCCAAGGGACCUGGUGUAAACGGUUAACUCAUUCAGUCAUCGUCAUACGUUAGUUAGUAGCUCUGACUAAGCCUCGCUCGCUAGUUAGUAGUUAGUUAUAAAGUAAGACGCGCCCUCAAUUUGAAAGAUUGAUAAGUCAUAUCAUCCCUGCUAUACACUCUUCUUUCAUGGACUCGUCAUUCCAGGAUGACCGCCAAGCCUCAGAAAAUGCUGAUGCUUCAUGGACAUGGUCAGUCUGCAGACAUUUUUAGGCCAAAAACUAGUUAUCAGCGGGUUUCGGGCUAUGGUGAACCUAAGCACGAUGAGAUAAGAGGCUUGCAGAGGUCUAUCGAGCAUAUCCUUGAUACACUCGAACAAAACGGUCCUUUUAUCGGCAUAGUUGGAUUUUCCUCUGGUGCCGCUAUAACUGCCAUCAUCGCGUCAUUGUUGGAAAAAAGAGGAAAAAUUUAUGGCAUUACAUUGAGGACGACGCACCCGCAAUUAAGAUUCGCUAUAUGCCUCAGUGGAUUCAAACUCGAAAACAGGUGCUACGAAUCUUUCUAUUCGCCAAAGAUUGUGACCCCAAUUUUCCACACCAUCGGCGUCGCGGAUGCAACAAUUUCCCCUCUUCAGAAAAAGAAGCUUGCCCGGCGGUGUAAGUAUCCAUGGAUUUAUGAGUUUUGCGGCGGCCAUUACGUGCCCCAGAGUAAGGAGAUUUUGGAGCUUAAUGGCUGUCUUGCGAGUUUUUUACGAGAAGUAUUGGGGGUUCCUAUAAGUAGUCCAGGGGUCUGGGUCGACAUAGAACGCACUACUUCCUAAAAUGAAUCUAGCCGCUCUUGUCACGGCCUUUCAUAGCCAAGAGCCAUAUUUGCCGUCGGGCUAGUCUCAUGGCGCGCGACUUCGAAAGUGCAUGCUCCACUAGUAACUGACCGACACCUCGAAAUCAAGUCUAUGCCUGGCCACU